GAAAAGAAGAGAGAGAAAAUAGAGAGGAGUGAGGGUCGGCGUUUUCCUCCCUUGCACAAAUCUCAAGCACCACUGUAAUUUUGUGUUUAUAUAUAUAUAUAUAGAUUAUAUGCCGACAAUUGAUCCCUUGCAACGGCUACUUUUGAUGGUGUAGUAGUAGAUGAGAGAGUGAUUUGUGACUAGAGUAAGAUACCCUCUACUUCCGAUUCUUCUACCUCGCGUUCAAUUGCAGAUAGAUAUUAUUGAAAUGGAUAAGAACAAUGACAGCAGCAGGAUGUGGGACUGGAAAGGAGAGAAUUAUUGUCUCCAAAAGGAUACCAAUCUUGACAUAUCUGAAUUCCUAGGGGAUGGAGUGAGCCAAAACGAAGAAGAUCUUUCCUACAUGUUUGGUCAAACAACCCCAAUUAAAGACUGUGGGGAUUUGGCUUACAGUGUUACCAAUACUGAAUACAUGAACAAGGAAUCAGAGUAUUGCAGGGAGACUUCUUCACAAGUAAAGAGGCGCCGAAUGCUACAGUUCGACACUGAUGUUUUGGAUGCCUACCUUUGCAAUGAGGAUAUGCCAUCCACAUUCUUAAAUUCAAAGGGAAGGGACGAUUCAAUUGAAGAAACUUUCUCCGAUAUGUCACAGUGGGUUUCAGGGUUUGCAGAAGAUACAUCUACAUCUUGUUAUAAGGGCCUGGAUCAGUCAUCUGAGGGAUGGCUAGCUGAUUGCUUUAAUGAUGCUGAGAUGCAUUUCAGCCCUGACGAUAUGAAUAUGUGUGGGGCAUCAUCUGAUGUUCAAAUUGAUAUUACAGAGCUCUGCAAUGUGCCACCUGAAUAUGAAGCUAAUAUAGUUCCAGAGCAUCCCACUCAAACUCGUCGAAAUGUUGUUUUUAAAGGUAGGAAGUCAUACAUGCAAACUCCAUCAAAGUUAGCUGCUUCUGUUGUCUAUCCAUUUGCCUUCAUUAAACCAUGCGGUGCCCACGGAGAUGUAACUCUAAAGGACAUAAACCAGCUGAUACACACUCCGCCACCAUCAAAAUUGAAGCAAAGUAAAGAAGGUCCUGCUUCUUAUCCCACUUCAGCAUUUUCCGGGAAGCCUGUUGUUGGUAAAACUAAGAUAUGCACUGAAGGAGGCAAAGGCAGCAUCACAAUCAUGAGAACCAAAGGUUGAGUAGAUAAGUGCUUUCUCUCAAAUUUUCCUUGCCUGUGGUGUUUCUCCGUUGUUUUUCUGGAGUUGAGUUUUUAUGUAUCAUCCUGGGGCCACCUAGCAUAAAAGUUAAUAGUUCACCAUCGGUUUGGUGUUACUCUAAGGAUGUGAAAGGUUUAUGUUUCCAAGUGGUUUUCUAGGUAACAAAUAUCUGUUGUUUUUACCUGGUGGGACACUGAUACAAGAUCUGUGUUGAGCGCCUGAGGCUGAGUAUGAGAGAUUCCCCCUCCCCCGUCUUUGUUUCUUUCUUUUCUUUUCUUCCUCUUUUUCAGAAAAAAUUGUAAUGCGUCUAUCCUGUAUUCACUUGGGAUUCUUUGUUGCUCAAAAGAUCAUGAACCUUGUUGUUGUUAUACAUCUAGAAACUUUAAAAAAAUAUUAAAAGAAUUUGUGUGACAA